CUUCAGCUAUCCGGGAUUGGCGACCCAUCUGUCCUCGAUCCACUUGGAAUUGAUGUGAGGGUCAAUCUGCCGACUGUCGGGCGAAACUUCCAGGAUCGAACAGCAAGCAAUAUCGUGCAUUCUACACAACCUUCUUUUGACGCAGGCGGCACAGGGCCCGAGUUUACAAUUGCGUUCUUGAAUAUUCAUGAGCUCUUCUCUGAAGGUGCAGGCACAAAUGGAAGUGUGACGGGUGACGACAUUGCUAGAUACGUCUUGACUCAAUAUCCGUCUUGGGCACAAAGUCAAGCAGUCAAUGGAUUGAAUGCUGACGCGCUUACUACGAUAUUUAGCAUCCAAGCUGACCUGAUUGCGAAUCAUCAUGGUAAGCGGAUCGUCGUGAACGGCAUCAACACUACCCUGUGGAACAUACUUCCGUUCAGCCGCGGCAAUAUCACCAUUACGGACACAAGUGUCUUCACAAAACCGAAGGUUACAGUGAACUAUUUCGAUGUCGAUUAUGACCUCGCCGUCCAGACAGCCGGAACCCGAGUUGGCCGGAAGGUGCUUAAUCAUCCAGCGUUCGCGUCCAUCUCAUCUGGAGAGACCGAUCCUGGAAUGGAUGUAGUUCCUGACGAUAGAAACGGUGGUGCAGAUAAUGCAUGGCAUUCGUGGAUUCACGACGAAUUUGCGUCAGUGUUUCAUGAGAUUGGUUCUGCGGCGAUGAUGCGGCGUGAUUUGGGAGGGGUCGUGGAUGGCAAGCUUCGCGUCUACGAUACGGUGAACCUACGCGUCGUGGAUGCAAGUAUACUUCCUCUCCACAUUAGUGCCCAUCCAAGUGAGACGCUUUAUGGUGUUGCGGAGAAAGCAGCGGAUAUCAUCAAGUCUGGCGUGUGA